GGGUGGGGGGGGGGGGCGGUUACGGCGGAGAUUCAGAUUUGGGCGUCGGUGUGGGAGGCGAAUGUAUGCUGUUUGAGCAUGCGAAGUUAGUUACCGGCCGUGAGCUUGUGUAAGAGACGGUAGUGCUUUUGUGAGGCCUGGUGUUUCUGCUUGCAUGAUCCGAUUGGAAGUUAGUCCUCUAGUUGUCUGUCUGGGUGCAGAGUGGCUAGUUCAUUGAUUUGUUCAGUUUCUGCACUAGGGUCUACAGGCAGUGAAUGCCAAAAUUAGGGAGAUUCAGUGCGGGAGCUGAACCAUGGGGGUGUCUGGACUGAAAGUAGCAUCUGGUAGUGGAACUGUGAUGCCUGUGUUUGUCAUGAUCUGGUUCUCGUGCUAGUUCUGUGCUGUGCUAGGUUAUGGUUAUGGCAGAUUUAUCAUGUGAGUUUAAAGGCAGCGAAACAUGGAAAGUUUGUGGUGACUUUGGAAAUGGUGUAUCAAAGAGACGAGUAAUGCCGGCUAGCUGUGUAUUAAUGAGUAUAGAGGAAUGACUUAUGCUGCUUUCCUUAUGGGGAUUUCGCUAUUUAUUGCAUUCUGCCUUUAUAUGUAAAAUUAUAAUUUGAGUAUCAAUGUGAUAUUAACAAAUUUACAAGGGGCAGACAGCAAGUUCUGGUUAGCCUUGUUUUCUGUUGUUUAGCUUGUUUUUUCAUGAUAAAAGAAUGGUUUGCUUUGUUCAUUUUAUUUACAUUCUGAUUUCUGGUUUGCUAUUUGUGCAAUUGCAUUCCAUAACAAUAUAGUACAAAUAAAAAGGACGCCUUCAAUGGAACCAAUAGCCCCAGGGUGCUAUCAAUGGUGUGUUGCAAUAUAUAUUUCAAUAAUUGUUUAUUCGAGAUCGUGUACCCACUAUAACGGAUAGUUACAUUCAUUUUCACUAGAACUGUUCAUUAACUAAUGCUUCAUUUUGACAUGAGGAAAUCAUACAAUUUCUCAGUAAAAUCAUAUACCUCAAAUGCCCAUUGUUCUAAUACAUCAGCACUCUGGAGUGUUCUUAUGCUUGAUUGAGCUUUGUUUGAUCUCACUUGUGGUUUCGCUGGUACUGUGAUGGCAUAUGUAUUAGAUAACAGUCGACAAAGUAUGCCUGUAAUGCAAGUGCUCUGACGAUGAAGGAGAGUAGUUCUUUAUGUGAUAGUGCAGCAGAUGGAAAUUGGGUUUUGAAAUACAAAAGGAAAAGGAGCAAGUUGAAAGUCAGCCCAUCUAAUGAGAAUGAGACUACCUCACCAACAUCAGAUUCCCCCAUGAACUAUGGUUCCACCAAAAAGAAGUUAAAGCAUGAUACUAACAUUUCUCCAUCAGCCAAGAAGAUAAGAGGGCACGAUGGGUAUUUCUAUGAGUGUGUAGAAUGUGAUCUUGGUGGAAAUUUGCUGUGUUGUGAUAGCUGUCCACGAACAUACCACUUGGAAUGCCUCAAUCCUCCUCUUAAGCGUGCACCGCCUGGGAAGUGGCAAUGUCCAAGAUGCCGUUCAAAAACAGGCAGCUUGAAGUUAUUAGGUAAUGCAGAUGCUAACACUUCUAAACAUGAAAGAACAAAGAGGAUGUACACAAGCACUACAUCAAAUAGUCCACCUUCCCAUACGAAAGUCUCUUUUAAGCCCCGGAGCUCCACACAAGACAAAAGUGGAUCAAAUGAACAAGGAAAACAGUCAUGUGAUGGUGCAUUGAAAAGGGGUGACCUCAGUAUAAAGAAUAACGAAGUUGAGAAAAAGAAGCCACUGAUAUUACAUCUGAAGAAGCGCUCAACCAAGGAAUUAUCGGCGAAUGCUAAGCCCUUGAAGUCAGAAGUUGGAGAACCUUCAGAAGAGAAACUUGAUAAACAUGGAAGUGCUUUGAAACUGAAGAAACAUCCAAGCCCCAUGGACUUGUCCCCAAAUAGAUCUAAAAGCAGGAGGCAAAAUAGGCACAGAGACAGUAAAAGAUCUGUUGCAAAAAAGGUCAAAUAUUCAACAUCAGAUGAUGACAGCGUUUCCUCAACGGAACCAUCAACUUCUCUUGAUAACAGUGAAUCACCACCAAAAAGAAAACCGUUGGAUGGAAGAACACCUACAUCUAGUACCAAAAAAGGGAAAAAGAAAGUGAAAUUUGUUGAUAGAAAGCACUCUGAGGAGAUGGGGGUGGUAGGAGACAAAAUAAUGACUCCUCACGAGGAUCAGCAGGUAGAUCGCAUCCUAGGCUGUCGGCUACAGAUGAACCAAACCAACCCACUGUCCCAUCCUUCAUCAGAGCAGUUUGAAUCAGCUAAUUCGCAGCUCGAUGAAAUGGCCCCUCCUUGUUAUUCCACUGGACCAGAAACUAGCCAUGACAUUUCACAUAAAUUUCAUGAUGGAACACAAUCUUCUAGUAAUGGUACAGUGGAGGAUGUAUGUGCCGAUGCCUCAGCAAAUCAAGGUGGUAAAGAUCAUUUGGAUAAUUUAGAAAUGCAAAAGGAGAGAAACGGUAAAUCCUGUGAAAGUAAGGAGUCACUGAAGCAAGAACGAGUCAAAAAGACGGUAUCAGUAUGUUCUGGUGAUCAAACCAUCAUAAUAAAAGACGAUGGAGUACCAGGAGAAAAUGUUACAGCUUCAAUAAAUGCUGAAGAUGAGACAUCUGAUAUGCCAGCAAAAAAGGAUGAUAAAAAACUUCCAGUUUCCAGAGCUGAUGCAAUAGUCCUAACCAAACAAAAUCAUACAGCUGAAAGUAAAUUGCAUGGAAAAAUAGAAGAAAUAGCAGGAAAGGACAACAAUGGUAUUGGGUAUGAGUUUUUGGUCAAGUGGGUUGGCAAAUCAAGCAUCCAUAACAGCUGGGUUUCUGAAUCUGAACUAAAAAUAUUAGCAAAAAGAAAACUAGAAAAUUACAAAGCAAAGUACGGAACGAGUUUGAUAAACAUUUGUAAGGAACAGUGGUGCCAGCCACAAAGAGUUAUUGCUCUUCGUGCUUCCUUAGAUGAAGUAGAAGAGGCUUUGAUCAAAUGGUGUGGUCUUCCUUAUGAUGAAUGCACUUGGGAAAGAUUAGAUGAACCUACUGUGAUGAAAUAUACCCAUUUGGUCACUCAGUUCAAAGAAUUUGAAUGCCAGGCUUUGGAUAAGGAUAUGGCAGAUGAUUAUGCAAAUCCAAGGAACCGCCAAGAGCUUAAUGUGUUGGUUGAUCAACCAAAAGAACUUCAGGGAGGCAUGCUCUUCCCUCAUCAACUGGAAGCAUUAAACUGGCUACGUAAAUGUUGGUACAAGUCAAAAAAUGUUAUCCUUGCUGAUGAGAUGGGUCUUGGAAAGACGGUGUCGGCUUGUGCUUUUCUAUCAUCCUUAUGUUGUGAAUUCAAGAUUAAUUUGCCAUGUAUUGUCUUGGUUCCUCUUUCUACUAUGCCCAAUUGGAUGGCUGAAUUUGCAUCUUGGGCUCCUCAUUUAAAUGUUGUGGAGUAUCAUGGCUCUGCACGGGCAAGAUCUAUCAUUCGUCAAUAUGAGUGGCAUGUUGGUGAUGCAAGCCAGAUAGGUAAAACCAAGAAGCCGCACAAGUUCAACGUUUUGCUCACCACUUACGAAAUGGUACUUGUUGAUGCUGCAUAUCUUCGUUCUGUCUCAUGGGAAGUUCUUAUAGUUGAUGAGGGACAUCGUCUGAAGAAUUCUAGCAGCAAACUCUUUAGUUUGCUUAAUUCAUUAUCAUUUCAGCACAGGGUUUUGUUGACUGGAACUCCCUUACAGAAUAACAUUGGUGAAAUGUAUAACUUACUGAACUUCUUACAGCCUGCUUCUUUCCCUUCUCUAUCUUCAUUUGAGGAGAAGUUUAAUGACCUUACAACGGCAGAAAAAGUAGAGGAGUUGAAAAAACUUGUAGCUCCACAUAUGCUUCGUAGGUUGAAAAAAGAUGCAAUGCAAAAUAUCCCCCCGAAGACCGAGCGAAUGGUACCUGUUGAAUUGACAUCAAUCCAGGCUGAAUACUACCGUGCUAUGCUUACAAAGAACUACCAAGUACUGCGCAACAUUGGAAAAGGUGGUGCUCAUCAGUCAUUGCUGAACAUUGUAAUGCAGCUUCGGAAAGUUUGCAACCAUCCAUAUCUUAUUUCUGGAACUGAACCUGAAUCUGGCUCACCAGAGUUUCUGCAUGAAAUGCGUAUAAAGGCCUCAGCAAAAUUAACUUUGUUGCACUCUAUGCUUAAAAUUUUACACAAGGAUGGUCAUCGUGUCCUUAUUUUUUCUCAGAUGACGAAACUUCUUGACAUCCUUGAAGAUUAUCUGACUUUAGAGUUUGGUCCAAAGACAUUUGAAAGAGUUGAUGGUUCGGUAUCUGUGGCAGAGCGCCAGGCAGCUAUUGCUCGUUUUAAUCAGGAUAAAACACGUUUUGUUUUCUUGCUUUCUACACGAUCAUGUGGUCUCGGGAUUAAUCUGGCAACGGCAGAUACUGUUAUCAUAUAUGAUUCAGAUUUCAACCCGCAUGCUGAUAUACAGGCAAUGAAUAGGGCACACAGAAUUGGACAAUCAAAAAGACUUCUAGUUUACAGGCUUGUAGUGCGUGCUAGUGUUGAAGAGCGUAUCUUGCAACUUGCCAAGAAGAAAUUGAUGCUUGAUCAACUUUUUGUUAACAAAUCCGAAUCACAGAAAGAAGUGGAAGAUAUCAUUCGUUGGGGAACAGAGGAACUCUUCAGGAAUAGCGAUCAUGCGAAUGGUGAAGAUAGCAAUGAAGCUUCUGGUGCUAUAGCUGAUGUUGAUUUCAAGCAUAGAAGAAGAACCGGUGGCCUAGGUGAUGUUUACGAGGACAAAUGUGUUGGUAGUUCUACCAAAUUUGUUUGGGAUGAAAAUGCUAUCAUGAAGCUGCUUGAUAGAUCGAACCUACCAUCAACAGUGGUGGAAAGCACUGAUGCGGACUUGGACAACGAUAUGCUUGGUACUGUAAAGUCAAUAGAUUGGAAUGAUGAGCUGAAUGAUGAUCCUGGUACCAACGAUGAUAUCCCACAUAUUGACGAUGAUGGGUGCGAGCAGGCAUCUGAACCAAAGCAAGGUGCUGCUACUCGUGCAGAAGAAAACGAAUGGGACAAACUUUUACGUGUCAGAUGGGAACAAUAUCAAAUUGAAGAGGAGGCAUCUCUUGGUCGAGGCAAACGUUUAAGGAAGGCCGUUUCUUACAGGGAAACAUUCGCAACACUUCCUAGUGAAGCUUUAAGUGAGGACUCUGAUGAGGGGGAUGAACCAAAGAGAGAAUAUACUGCAGCUGGACUGGCCUUGAAGGAAAAAUAUGGAAGGCUUCGAGCUAGACAAAAGGAAAGGAUUGCUCAGCGCCACACAAUCAAGAGCUAUGCUGAUGAUAAACUUGAAGAGUUCAUGAAAUCAUAUGAUUCUAUUGCUGAUGAACAUGCUCUAAAUCCUUUGAUAAUUGUAGAAGACCCAGAUUCUUCACAGCCAUCUGGGGCUAAACGCUUCAGUGAAUCAACUACAGAAAUGAGGCAAUCCUCAAAGAAAUCAAAGAGAUAUGCUGAAAUCCCUCAAGAUUUUUAUGCCAGGAUUCCUGGGAAUGCUGUUUCAUCCAAGCACCACUCAAAGGCCAACGAUAUCUUAAAUUCAGGGACUCCAAACCACCUCUUACCUGUACUUGGCCUUUGUGCUCCAAAUGCUGAUCAGGUGAACUCAUACAAAAACUCAAUUUGUGGGCCAAGCAUGAAAGAGCAAAAAAGGCCUAGUGGUGAUGUACCCAACAAACAGCUGUCAACUCCUGCUGCUGUGCAUUCUAGAGAGCAGAGAAAUGAAGCCCCAUCAGCUCCUGAUAAGGCCAUCUUUCCUGGGGCAUCUGAGGAUGCUUUGCGGAGACUAAAUAACAUCAUCCCAGAUAGUUAUUUCCCCUUCAAUCCUAUUCCUCCUAUAUCUGGGACGGGUUGUGAUCCUGCUGAAAAUCCUUUACCUUCCAUUGCUUCAUUCCAAGGGAAGUUGGGUCUUCCGAGCUUCGGUCUGGAAGACAACAUUCCACUUAAGCAUAUGAAGUCUAUACCAGAUAUAUUUCCCAACUUGUCACUGGGCACUAAUAAGGAUUAUGUUCGUAAUUCUGUCCCAGAGUUUCCAAAUAGUUCAUUGUUACCCAACUUCAUGGCAGAUAUAGCUGGUACUUCGAAGCAAAAGUCACUUAUGUCUGGUCUCCUUCCAGGCCUGGGUCUUAACCCAGUGCAACCAAUCCAUUCAGCCAUGCCUGAAAAUCACAAGAAGGUUUUGGACAAUAUAAUGAUGCGUGCUCAGUAUGCCAGUAGCAAAUUCUUGAAGAGGUCAAAACUAGAUUAUUGGUCAGAAGAUGAACUUGAUGCUCUGUGGAUCGGAGUUCGUAGGCAUGGAAGGGGUAAUUGGGAUGCCAUGCUUCGAGAUCCAAAGUUGAAGUUUCUGAAUAACCGAACUAGUGAAGAGCUGACCUCGAGAUGGAUGUUGGAGGAGCAGAAAAUUAUAGAGGAACCAAUGUCUACAGCCACCAGAUGUGACAGGUCUACAUCAUUUCCUGGAAUAUCUGAUGCAAUGAUGUCUCGGGCACUGAAUGAAAGUAACUCUUCCAAAGUGAGGAUGGAGCAGCCUAAGUUACAGUCCCACUUCACUGAUAUUCAGUUAGGUUCCAGUGAUAUACUGUCCAGAUUUCCUCAUGUUGAUGCUGCUAAUUACAUGAACUCAAUUGAGGGUGGCGCAACACAGAUGCCAUGGCAGGAUUUCAAGCAUAGAUCAACUUAUGUUGGAGAUCUUCCUGGCAGCACAUUUGACAAACUGCAGAAACUUGAUGUUGGACUGGUCCCACCCUUUAUGCCAAAUCCUUUUAUGAAUGAAAGCAUUGGUUCAUUGCCCAUAAACCAAAAAAACAAUAAUUCCAUUCAGCAGAGUGAAACUGGCUCAAGCUCUCGUGAGAACGUUCUUCAUGGUGUUUCAGAUGGGCAGAUGAAUUUGCUUCAUGAGAUGCAGCGUCGUAUGAUGUUAGGAAAACAACCCAUUGAGAUGAAUCUCAACCGCACAAACCACUCAAAUUCUCUGCUUGAGAAUUCUAGCGACUUUGGGAGUUCAAAAUCAAACAAGCUACCUCAUUGGCUUCAGGAGGCUGUACGUGCUCCUCCACCUAAGCCACCUGAACGCGAGCUACCGGCAACUGUUUCAGCAAUUGCUCAAUCUGUGUGCCUACUUCUUGGAGAACAAAAACCGGCAAUACCUCCAUUCCUGAUCCCAGGGCCUCGUCUCUCUCUCCCGAAGGACCCAAGGAUUACUUCAAAGAAGAGGACACCCCGCAAGGUUCAGCAAGGUACCUCCCAUGUAGAUCAUUCCAAAAUCAUAUCUGGCCGAGGUGAUCAGGACACUACUCCUUCAGUACCCCCAUUCAUUGAAGCUUCACCCGUCCCUCCUGCAGUUGAUUGUAAUGAUGGUGCCCCGCCACUCAACUUGAACUCUCCAUCAUCAUCUUCAUCAAGCAGUCAGGGGCAGGAUGAGUUACCUCCUGCGUUUGAAGAAUCACACCAAACUGUGGAAGGUUCAGAAGCUAUUGAGGCCACUUGCAUGUCCAAGACGGAGGUUCCUGAUUGCCGGAGAACUGGAUUCUCCGCUACGGAUGACAAGGCUAGUGGAUCUCAUAGGCUAGUGGAUACUCCUGAUCCCAGCCCUCAGAAAGGCAGAUUGCCAGAAUCAGAUAAUUCAGCUACGGCAUUUUCUGCAUCGCCAGCCGCCGAUGAUGCACCUGGGACAAGCAGCAGAGCAGCUGCAGGACCCGCACUAUGUGAUGAUGAGGGCUUGAAACAGGAGAAUCCACUAGACAACGAGGGAAGCACCGGGAGCCCGGAGGCUCUCGAGAGCAGGGACUCGGAUGCAUCACAUUCAGUUUUUGCUCAAGUAGUCGAUGAAGAUAAAGUGGACGAAAUCAUCUCAGAUGCGCAUUAGGCUGGAGCGAUUAGCUCCACAUGUCUUCUUCUGCCAUUUAGGGCCGGGAUUUUCCCUUUCCCAGUGUUUCCAGUCUGCAUGAUCUUGUGUUUUGUAUGCUUUAGUGCAGAUAGAGUAAAAUCCAAGGACUAGUACCUUUUAGCAGUAGUAGGUCGGCGCUAGUCCAGCGGGAGCAACUCUUAAAACAUGUAUACAUGAAAUGUAUAUUUGCUAACCUGGUGUUGGCUGUGUAGACCACUAUUCAUUUAUUUAUGCGUAUAUGGCUAAGCAACUAUUUUGACGCUGUUA